AUGAUAACGGAUUCCACAAAUAAACGUAUACUAAUUGAGCAAAAUAAAUAUUCAAGGGAUAGAGAUGCGAAAAUAACUGAUGAGUUAGAAAUAAAAGGACUAAUGGGCAUUUUAUAUCUCUGUGGGAGUGUAAAAUCUGGAAGGGAAAAUAUCUUGCAGUUGUUUGACGCUAAGAAAGGGACCGGGAUGGAAGCUGUUUAUCUUACAAUGAAUGUACAAAGGUUCAAGUUUUUGAUGAGAAACCUUCGUUUUGAUGAUCCUACAACGAGAGCGCAAAGGAUAAUGGUUGACAAGUUGGCACCUAUUCGUGAUUUAUUUCAGAAAAUUGUCAAAAAUUUUCAAAAACAUUAUACACCAAGUUCUGAACUGACUUUAGACGAACAAUUGAUAGCGUACAGAGGCAGGUGCCGAUUUCGGCAAUACAUUCCCAACAAGCCAGCGAAAUAUGGGAUCAAAAUAUUUGCCCUGGUCGAUUGUGAACGUCCAUACACAUACAAUUUGGAAAUAUAUGGAGGCAGUAACCCCGGUCCCUUCGAAAUAAGCAAUAAUCGGUUUGACGUAGUUCUGAGAGUCACUGAACCUAUUCAUGGUGAAAAUAGAAACGUAACAAUGGACAACUGGUUUACUUCUCUCGAAGCAGCUAAGAAGCUUUUUGAAAAUAAAACCACUGUCGUUGGUACAAUUAGAAAGGAUAAAAGAGAGGUACCGAAGGCAUUCCGAACAACUACAAACAGAACUGAAUUUUCGUCUUUGUUUGGUUUUCAUGAAAACACUACCUUAGUUUCAUAUGUGCCAAAAAAGAAUAAGGCUGUAUUACUUUUGUCAACUGUACAUAAUGAUGGUUGUAUUGACGAGAGUUCUGGUGACAAACGUAAACCAGAUAUUAUUACAUAUUAUAAUCGAACAAAGAAUGGGGUAGACCUAGUGGACAAAAUGUGUUCCUUGUAUGAUGUGGCCAGAAACUCACGGCGAUGGCCGCUGGCGGUUUUUUUUAAUUUGAUGAAUAUAAGUGCCAUAAAUGCUUUAUGCAUAUACAAAGCAAACAAUGGACUAAUAAAAGUAUUACGUCGAGAGUUUCUUUCUGAUAUUGCGUUGGGUAUGAUGAAACCUUUGGCUAGUAGAAGAAUGAGUACUGAUUGUUUACCGAAGAUCCUCAAGCUUAAAAUAAGCGAUUUUUUGGGUAUUCCAUUAGACGAACAACCACAAAAAGUGGCGAGUUCUCCUCGUGGAGGCGCGCGUGGUCGCUGCUUUUUGUGUGGAAGAAAACGUAAUAAAACCACGCGUAUAUCAUGCCAAUUAUGUGGGAAAUUUACUUGUCCCGACCAUUGCAAUUAUAUGUGCAAUAGUUGUUAUGAAAAUCAUACCUAA